CAUGGCCGAUUCGGAAGAGGAGGAACAAAAUGUUAUGUACCGAGAAUUCCAAUGGCUGCUGAAAGAAGAAGUGCAAAGCGUAUUGAGUGAAGCGCAGAGUAUCCUCACAGAGUGUUGCAGGAGAUUUGCUGUCCAGAACAUUAAUUAUGGAGAUGAAGAAAACCUGGUGCAGCCUGAGAAAUUCCUGCUGUCUAGCUCAAAUGGCUCAUCCAAUGUGAAAUGUAUGGUGACGCUGAUGGCAGAUUCCAUUUGUGAAGCUGAUAUCAGCUUAAAAAUCCAUAAACAGCCAAGCAUAGGUGUAAAGUCUGCUAUCCAACCAAAUGAACCAUGGAGAUUACAUCAAAUACAAGAUGCGGGUAAUUACUUAUGUAACGCUCUACUUCAUAUAUGUGAAAAAGAUAAAGAUCACACGUUCAAGAGUGGCAGUGAAAUCUUAACACUUUUAGAUGAAGUGAUACGGUUACUGACUCUAAGUAGAAGUAGUUUAGUGGUACCGAAGCGAAAAACACUAGAAGAGCUGGUACACAAUAGAUAUAUGAAAACAUUGAACCCACCUGUACCGCACGACACGGUUCUCAGCUUUUACGUCCAAGCUCAGAAAUUAAUAUUAGCUGUCUAUCAACUCACUUUAAAUCAGAAUCAGAGGUAUGAUAUUGGUGCUAGAUAUCAGGUGGAAUGUGCUGUGCCAUGGUUAAAUGAAACAAUCGUCCUUUUCACGCUUGCACUACAACUCUGUCAACAACUUAGAGAUAAAGUCAAAGUAUUCAUCAGGGAAGACCUCCACCCGACGAGUCCGAAAUGUGAUCGGCAAACCUCAGCAUGUUGUGCCAAUUCCUCCUAGCAUAAUGUGAUAUCAUUAGUCAUUAAGAACUGCUGUGUGAACCAUGAGAUUCCAUGUUUGCUGGUGUGAAUGAUGAGUUUUGUCUCAAAAGGCUUUAUACUGUAUAGCCAUCUUUGUGGCUGGAGGAAAGUUUAAGCAAAUUUUUGGGCUACUGCAUAUGAAUUUCUUCCAUUAUGGUUGAAAGGGCUGCUUGAAAUUGACUGCCAACUUGUUUGUCAUGUACAGACAAUGCCAUGUUGACCUCUAUAUAUAUUAUAUUAGUAUAUGGCCUUUUGCAGCAAAACUCUUCACAUCUACCACAAACAUUUCAGUGCAUAUUUGUAUAUAGUAUUGACAUUGCGUUCAAAUCUGACGAUUCUUAUGAGGUUCUAAUUCAACUGUUUUAAAGGACUUCGAUGAUUUAACAGACAAAGGAUCACAUUUGGAGACAAUGGAGGCACAGUUGACCCAAGGUGGACACUUCCAAAAAUUAGACUUCUGUUUUUAGCAUGCUAUGUCUUCUGAAGACCUGGUUUGGAUCCAUUGAGAAAGAUAUUCAACAUAUAAAAAUGUACAGAGGAAUUUAAGGUCAAAUCGGAGUGCAAAAACCGAUGCGUCUUGACUGAUGUACUGUCCUUCGGGUGUCCUUUUUGAGAUGUUUCUACUGUGUGUAUUUACCUGUGAUAAAUUCAAUGAUUCCAUUUCUUUGUCAGAAAAAUUCAAAACGGACAUUUGAGUUGUAAUAAUUACAGGCUUUGUGAAGAAAUGGCAUUGAUUAUGGAGGCCAGUUUGAAUUUCUGUUGCAUACAUCAUCAGGAACUUCCAACCAGUAAAUAGUAUUGAAUGUAUCUUGCAAAGAAUGAUUGCAUGUAACUCACUUAUUCUUGUGGAAAUAUCUAUACCUCAUAGCUCACUAAUAAUCCUGUAUUACUUUUACGUGACUCAGAAUGCGAUUGGACAAUGUGCAGUUUGUUUGAGUGUGUGUGCAUCUGCGCGUGUGUGUGUAGGAUAAUGAAUGCAAUACGUCAAAAACAGCCUGUAAAAUAUGCUAACCUUCCAUUCACUCAUUGAACUAUUUACCGAAACUAUGACAAAAUUCUCAUCGUACCAUGGGUCCAUCAUAGAUUCUUAAUGACGGAAACUGUUUCCUGUAGCUCCACCCUAAUAGUGUUACGUGAGGCAACCAGUACCUGUGCAGUUCAGUAUUGCUUCCUUUAAUUGCCCUUCAUGUAAAUUGUGUCUGACUUUGACAAUCAAAUAUUAAUCACAUACUGUAUACCAUGAAAAAAUUUCAUUGAACCCUUCAAAUAUCUUUUUCUAAGAGGGUCUCAGUAUCAUCUGUUUACUGUCCUCGGAUGUGUGGUUAGGUUACACUCCUAAAGCAGUUGCAGCGUGCAAACACGGUCAUCUCCGUUUUUUCAAUCACUGCUUGGAGUGUAGGAAUAGGUAAGCGUAGCAAGCAUGGGAGGCAGAAAGAGGUGUUUAUUCUAAAAAUUAAGGGACUUUCUCACACGGUUAAUUUUGUGGAGCCCCUUGGAAAUGGCCUGGGAUUUUCAUUGUCCGAUUCAAAGUUUUUUUCCAAGAAAGAUUAGAAAUGAUAGCUAUUAUAGAGUCCCUUGACCAUUCCUUUGAAUAUAACUCUUAUAAGAUGUAAAUUUCUUGGCAUUUAUAAUGAACCGAGUCCAUUAUCAAUUUGCAACAAUAAAUUUGUUGCUAAAUCUUGAAUCGUAUUGUCUUUGUGUGAAUUCUUUGUAAGCAGCUGUCCUGUUCUUGACUAUUGGACGUGGCAUCUGUGAUAUUUGAAGAUGCAGGGUUCCUAGAUGUUGGC